GGGCGCUGCCUGUGCACAGGGCGCUGGCGGCCAUAGCCGGGCUGCUGGAGGGCGCAGGAGAGAUAAUGUUUGCCUAAUUCAUGAACGGGUCAGACAUCGAUGAGGACGCAGUUGACGAUGCGAGACUGACAUGUUCGAGAUCACGUAGGAUCCCGCACGUGUUCCAUGCCUUACAACCGGAAGACGAAAGGUGGCUUUGUGCCGAACGUAGAGCCCGUGCACUAGCAGCAGCUAGGGACACAGCGAACGCCGCAGCUAGGGAACAGGCUGCAGCAGCAGCCAGAGCAGUAGCCAUGUCUUCUGCAGCAGCAUCCUCGGUUGCGUCCUCGUCUGGGACCAAUGGGACCAUGUUGGGAAUGCCCACAGGGUCCACGGGUACUUCCAGUUCGUUAGGUUCUCGUCAGUCUACAAGUCAAAUGGCGGGCUCACAGUUCAGCCCGUUGACUUCUCGCGAAAGGGAGCUCAGAGAACUCCAACAGGUCGAAAGGAUCCGUGAACAAUUACAGAGGGAACUGAAACAAGCUACCGACAGAGAAAGAGAAAUCAAAAAUCGAACAGCCAGGCUUGAUACGUUAGAGGCUGACAAAGCUGAGUUAGAGGGAUUGGACGAGUCAGGACUAUCUAACCCAAUGAAAGUGUUGAAGAACAACAUGCUGUCGCUGCAUGCGCACGUGGACAGCAGGUUAGACUUCAUGCAGAACACUUUGGACCAGAUCCUGGACAUUUUGCAAACGCCAGGAUUUAGGCCACCAGCACAGUCGCAGUUGCCGUUAACGGCGAUGUCUGGCCCCUUUCCAGUUCAAGCUGGCACACAACCAAGUGGCACGUCUGCAGCAGCCGCACAGACUGUUGCUUCUUCUUCUUCGGGUCCAGUGGGGGUUGCUACACCACCACAACAACCUGUUCCUCAGCAGGGACAGCCGCAAGGUCAAUGGUACCCUAAGACCCCAAUGAAACCGCCUCUUGCCUUCUCAGGCGAGAGGAAGGACGAAGAACUCAACACUUGGUUGAGAACAGUUCCGGUUUGGGUGAAGGCGAAGAGGACCUUGCCAGAGGACGAAGUGGUUACUGCUGCAUCUUACCUCGAAGGUAAGGCAGCCAAAUGGCUAGAUGGUAUAGUUGCAAAGGUCGGGUAUGGACGACGCAUGGCGGAUUGGGCUAAGUCAAUUACCUUAGACCAGUUCUUCGAGAUGGUAGAAGCUCGCUGGCACAAUCCUCAGCAUGCACAAAUAGCCACUGAUGCGAUAAACAGACUAGAUCACAGAAAGUUUAAGUCAGUCAGAGAGCUUACGACUACCACGGAGAGCCUCAUCGUCGUUCCAGGCAUCAACUACAGUGACCAGUUCCUGUUGACUACGUUUGUUAGAUGUCUUCCAGAGAACCUCAGGAACUUGCUGGUCAGCGAGGCUCGCCUCGAGUACCAUUUGUUUGAGACAUUGUUUAGAAAAGCCUUAGACUUAGAGGCUACACUAGGAAAUGCUCAGCCCUCUCAGAAUGAUGCGAGGAAGAAGAAGAGUCCGCAGGAAUGGAAGAAGAAGGGGGCGAAGUUGAUGAUGGUUGAGUUCGAUGGGACUCAAACAGAGAUUGAUGAGCUCACAGACCUGCUGGACAUUUCAGAGUACGACUGCGAGGAGACCGCAAAGGGUAGCACCCUCGCCGAGGUAGUUAAGGCUAAGGCUGGUGGCCGAGUGAAGGGCCAACCAAAGAGUCAAGGGAAGGCCGCCUCCAAUCAGACCAAAGUGGCUGAUUGGGUUAAGGCAGGUCUUGAUCAAGACGUGUGGCGGGACCGCCGAGACCCUCGCGAAUCUUGGGUGGCGCUAAGGAAAGGUCCUAGAGGGGAACAUUUCGUGGUGGAAGUCGAUGUAGGAGGCCGCAAAUGUGGUGCCUUCAUAGACAUAGGCUCCACGCGGAAUUACAUAAGUCGCGACUGUUUGGAAAGGCUGCACCCACAGGACCGGGUACGGCACCUUAGUAGACCUGUAGCAUCUACUUUGGCCAACAGGGAGCGUAUAAUAGUCGCAGACUAUAUCAAGGACGUAGUCUGUACCUUCUCCUAUCGAGGAGGAGAACUCAAUCAUAAGAUUUCGUUCUUGGUUAGCGACGAUUUACCAUUCGACAUGUUGUUAGGCAUGUACUACCUUGCGGUUGCUAAGCCCCAGUUCGAUUGGGAUAAGAAGGUGCUAAAGCAUCAGUUGCUCGAUGGCAGGACAAUCAGAUUGACUAAGUUCAAAGCCAGUAGCAUAAUAGAUACCUAUGGCUGCUUGUGCGCAUCAGCGUUCUAUAACUAUUACAAACAGAACCAAGAGGAAGGUAUGUACCUUGUGUAUGUCUAUGAGAAAGGGGAUGCCGUUAAAACACCCCCAGAGAUAGAACGCAUCAUUGCUAAGUUCCCUGAUGUGUUCGAAGAGCCCACAGGGGUCAUAGAAAGGGAAGUUGUCCACGCUAUAGAAAUCAUCCCAGGGAGUAAAACCCCAAAGGGGAGGAUCUAUAGGAUGGCUCUCACCGAGUUAGAUGAACUCCGGCGACAACUGAAAGAGCUGACAGAGAAGGGAUGGAUCCGGCCUAGUACUUCCCCUUAUGGAUCUCCAGUGUUAUUCGUACCGAAGAAGGGGGGUACAUCGAGGAUGUGCAUCGACUAUAGAGGCCUCAAUGCCAUCACCGUGAAGAACGCAGAGCCUCUACCUCGCAUAGACAACCUACUGGAUAGGGUGCAGGGAUGCAAGUACUAUAGCAAGACAGCUUUUCAGACUCGAUAUGGUCUGUAUGAGUUUGUAGUGAUGCCCUUUGGUCUUUGCAAUGCGCCAGGAACAUUCGAGCACGCUAUGAAUCGGAUCUUCCAUGACCAUUUAGAUAAGUUUGUCGUGGUUUACCUUGACGACAUUCUGAUCUUUAUAUCCGCGGAAGGGAUUAGGCCGGAAGAUGCGAAGGUGGCUAGUAUUCGAGACUGGCCACGACCUCAAACAAUCACUGAGGUCAGAUCUUUCUUAGGAAUGUGCGGCUACUAUAGGAACUUUGUAAAGAACUAUUCUACAAUCGCCUCUCCUUUGACAGAUCUAACUCGACUUGACACGCCAUGGGACUGGAGUGAUGAGUGCAAGGGUGCUUUCAAGCGAUUGAAGCAUGCACUCAUGAAUCAUGAAGUUCUCACGGUUCCCGAUCCUCAGAAGCCGUUCAUAGUGACCACUGACGCAAGCCAAUACGGCAUUGGCGCAGUGCUGGCUCAACAGGAUGGGAAGAAGUUGAGACCGAUUGAGUACAUGAGCAAGAAGAUGCCAUCUAAGAAAUUGGCAAAGUCCACCUACGAAAGGGAACUCUAUGGUCUCUACAAGGCACUUGUCCAUUGGAGACAUUUCCUGUUGGGACGGCUCUUCUACUUGAGAACUGACCAUCAGACGCUCAAAUGGAUCAAGACUCAACCCGCUCUUUCUGAUGCACUCAAGCGAUGGAUUGAGGUCAUAGAUCAGUAUGACUUCAAGCUUGAGUACCUGAAGGGAGAGUACAAUAAGGUUGCAGAUGCGCUAUCACAUAGGGCAGAUUACCUAGGGGUGCUAAUUUUUGACUUUGGUGUAUCUGAAAAACUGACUCAAUCGUUGGUGGGAGCCUAUCAGGAAGACCCUGUCAUGAUGGACAUCAUGCGCAAACUUCAGGCAAAAGACAAGGCCACAGAAAGUGAGUUUGUGAUGGUGGAUGGGUUACUGUUUCUUGAUAAGGCCGGGUGUAAAAGAGAUGUCCGUUUCACAAGUGAGCUGUGGAAGAAGACUGCUGAGCAGAUGGGCAGUCAAUUUCAGAUGACUUCAGGGAAUCAUCCCGAAGCCAACGGACAGGCCGAGCAGAUGAACAGAGUUGUACAGCACCUGUUGAGGCAUUACAUCAAGCCCAGCCAGGAUGACUGGGAUGAGAAGUUGCCUCUCAUUGCCAGCCUGUACAACAACGCUGUACCCAGCAGUACCGGCGUUAGUCCUAACCAGCUGCACUUGGGAUGGAAGCCUAGAUCUUCUCUAGACUUUCUCCUACCUGAAAACCAAUCCUCUGCAACUCCGGGCACACUUGAGUAUGGUGUGCAAUAUGAGAAGUUGCUGCAGCAAGUUGUCGAGCACAUCAGGAAACCUCAGCAAGCAAUGAUUGCUUCUGAGAACAAGCAUCGACGACAAUCCUCAUUUCACGUAGGGGAACGUGUCUGGGUCAAGGCUAGUGAGCUAGGACAGGAAUCCGGGAUCUCUCGUAAACUAAUGCCUCAGUAUUUUGGUCCUUGGGAAGUCCUGGAUGUAGUGAAGGAUGAGAUGGAUGGUCCUACCUAUGUUAUCCGUAUCCCUGGACACCUACGCACUCACCCUGUUUUUCAUGCCUCAAAGCUUGCACCUUUCGCUGAGACGGAUCAAUUCCCUUCAAGGAGAUUGAUGCUGCCCCCAACCAUGGAUGGUCAAGUGGACAUCGACGACAUUGUGGAUCACAGAAAUCUGCCUGUUCAGAAGCCAUUGGGAAGAGGAAGACCUCCAAAACCCAAGCGGGAGUAUCGCAUCAGAUUCAGGCAUCAUACAGAUCCAAAGGAAGAUCGAUGGUUCACCAGAGAGGAACUGAUUGACACAACUCCUCAAGUGGUGGCACAAUAUGAAAGAAAGCUAAAAGGGAAGGCACCUGCGAAGUAAGCAUCUCAGCGGACUUUCGAAGCUAAGGGGGAUGGAAUGUGAGGAUUGAGCCCUCAAGAAG